AUGGUUGACUUGGUCAAAAAGUGCCUGAGCGAUCGUUCGCUCAAGGGAGCGAUCGUUCACUCAGGGCCAGUGAACAGUGGAUUUGCUGCAAGGAAAGGGAAAGAAAGUGAGUACAAAAAUAAUUUAGCACUAAUAAGAGGCAUUGAACAUUCUGGCAAUAGAUUAGUUAGAAAAAUUCCUGAAGAAAUCUCGAGUCUUGCAAAAUUGAAUUAUUUAAACUUAUCGAGAAAUGAAUUGAAUGGACAUGUCAUUCAAAAUAUUGGUGAGUUGAAAAUGCUAGAAUCUCUCGACUUGUCUAGAAAUCAGUUUUCUUGUGAGAUUCCUACAGGCAUCACUCGUUUAGAUUUUCUUACUAUCUUGGAUUUGUCAAAUAACAACUUGUUUGGAAAAAUUCCAUCAAGCACUCAAUUGCAGAGCUUUGAUGCCUCUGCAUAUUUUGGAAAUGAUGAACUUUGCGGGCUUCCACUUCCAAAUAAGUGCUCUAGAGAUGAAACAGCUCUGGAACCUUCUAUCGGUGAAAAUGAUAUCAUUUAA